GGCGGGGUCUGUGGCAGGAAGCCGGAAGCAGCUGCGCCUCAGCCCCUCAGCUCUGGAGACAUGGCGGGGAUUAAAGCUCUUGUGUUAUUAUCCUUCAGUGGGGCCAUUGGACUGACUUUUCUUAUGCUGGGAUGUGCCUUAGAAGAUUAUGGUGUGUACUGGCCCCUGUUCGUCCUGGUAUUUCACGUCAUCUCUCCCAUUCCCUAUUUCAUUGCCAAGAGAGCCACGUAUGACUCGGAUGCAACAAGCAGUGCCUGUCGGGAGCUGGCCUAUUUUUUCACCACUGGAAUCGUUGUCUCUGCCUUUGGAUUUCCUGUUAUUCUUGCUCGUGUGGCUGUGAUUAAAUGGGGAGCCUGUGGUCUUGUGCUGGCUGGCAAUGCGGUCAUUUUCCUGACGAUUCAAGGUUUUUUCCUUGUGUUUGGAAGAGGAGAUGAUUUUAGCUGGGAGCAGUGGUAGCACUGCAUUCUGAUAAUAUGCAUUUAGUUCCUUAAAACUCAUACGAUGUGUAUGUAUGUGCACAUGUGGCCUUUUACUAUGAAAUUUAAUAUGCUGGGUUUUUUUAUACUUUAUAUCCUGUUCACUUUAAGUAGGACUACAUAUUUUAUUACCAGCAAAUAGAUCAUUCCAUUUACUCGAGUUGAAUCAUGCUGUCUGGCUGUUCACAUAGUCAUGGUGCUCUCAGAAAACACAGUAACACAGUCUCAUAGACAGUUGCCUAUGUAAGCAGCACAUCUACACCUUUUACCUGGGGAUGUGCUUGGAUAGGAGCAGGUCUCAGUUCUGCUCAGGACUUCCAAGAUACACCUGUGGCCUAGAGAGACAGCAGUGGCCCCUCUUCGUGUGGUGGACCCUCGCUUCACAAAGUGUUGUCCAUACACCAAGAACACGGGCAUCGCCUAGGUGCUUAUUACAAACGCAGAACCUGAGGCCCCACCCCAGACCCAAAGGGAUUGGAUGAGACGUGCUGUCGUAGAGGACUAAGCAUUACAUACAGUUUCCUUUUCUUUCCCGUUGCUGUGCCCCUUAACCUCUCUGGGUGUUAGCUGCUCAUUUGUAAUUGUUCCACCUGCCCUUAUGUUGAGGCCUAGUUCAGACUCUGGUGUUUGCGAAAUGUCCAAACCUGUAAUACAUAGGCUGUUCCUCGUAUUUAUGAAUUGCUCUCAGUAAGGAACAGCUAGGCAUGCCUUCACCUUGUCUGAAAACGGCAGUGGCUGUUGUCCCAGUGCUGGGGGACACGAUAGCCCCAGAGCUCCCCGGGACACAGGGAGGGAGGCCAAGCUGGAACCAGUGCCUGCUUUAGUAGGAUGAGGAAGACUAGCGAGGUAAUUUGUUCAAUUUCCCUUUAUAAUCCGACACUUCUACCCCACUCCUUCCUGUGCUGCACCUCCCCCACCCUCAAACACACACUCCCAGCAGUUCUGAUUCACCCUUCUUCAUGACUCUGGUUCCUCCUUUCUAUAGAGACAUGGAACCAAGUGAGCAAACAGGGCAAGCUGCUUAAUUUUACUUAGAUGUUAAUGUACUCGUCGUUUAUGUCCCAUGGGACUUUUUAUAUAUAUAGCACUUUUGGCCACUUUUGAUGAAUCAUUAGGAAUACAUGUCAUUCUGGAUCCUGUAAUCACAGUUUUCUUGUUUAACUUUAUGUCCAAGACCUAUUGGGAAGGGAAAAUAUGGGAAUUAGAACCACUUGAUCAGAGUAGUAUAAGCAGUGAUUUUAGAAGACUGUUAAUGUGUGAUAACUGAUGUAUAUUUAACACACCGAGCCCUUUAAGUUUGUAUCUGAGUAAUUAGCAUACCCCUUCAUAUUCUGGAAUCAUACUAGAGAGAAGUGAUACCUAAAAGGACAAUAUGCAAAGUUAUAUUUUGACCUUGUGCAUGAUUUUAUGUUUUCAAUGUUCUAUGUAUAUACAGAAUUGUUGAAGUUAUUUCUAAUAUUUAUAUUAGAAAAAUUAUAUAGAUACUUUAUAAUUUCAACCAGCAUUUUAAUAACACUUGCAUUUAUUGUAUUGUAAUAAAUUUUACUUUAAACACAAAAGAAAAGUUUAUUUUUAAAAGUCUUUAUUCUGAUGUAGCCUAAACUAAUUCUGAAAGGGGCAAUUUGGAGUGCUGAUCUGUCCUGCAAUAGGGUAAUAGCAAUAAGAUUCAAGAUUCCAUUUUAAAUGUCUAGUUGGCUUAUAAUAGCCUUUUUCUAAGAUGGAAAUAGUGUUUAAUUUAUACUGCCUUUUGAAAAAAUGUCUUUGUUGCUUAUACACAUUUCAAAUAACCAAGGUAGCCUUAACCUGUAGCCUUAAAGCAUUGCCUCUUGAUAAUAUAAAAUACUUUCAUAUAGAAUAUUUGUAGCUCUUCCCUAAUAAUGUAAUGGAUUGUGGAAGUGGUAGGUUACUGGAUUUGCUCUAUGUCUGAAAACAGAGACAUUUAUUCUGAAGUGCCUGCCUAUCACUUAAGUAGUAAAUGUCAAUAGGAAGUUUUGCUCUGGAUGAAUGUGCAAUACAACAGUUUCAUCUUGGUGACAGAAAUGUUGGGCAUUUUUCCUUAAAAAUGUUUUUUUUGUAUAUAUCAUAGAAUAUGUCUUAGAGAUUCGAAGCAUGUUGAUUACAUUCUAGAAGAGUAUACAUAAAGAAUUGCCUGUAGGUAAUCUCAUAAUAAAAGGAUUCUCUGUCACAUUCCAAACUAUUGGCUUACAGGUAUGUUUUGGAACACUUUUCCCACAGAAACAAUGGCAGGCAUUAGUGAUGGAGUCCCCAGGCCAAGCCUUCAGUGUUGGAGUAAACCCUAAAGGAGCUAGCUGACCUUGGUACCUGCCUGAGAUUUGGGUCCAGGUAACAGGAGUAGUUUGGAGGCAGGAAAGUACAAAUUUCUCUCUCUUUUCCAAAGAACAAGGCCUGUCUUCUGUUUCUGCAGCCCUUUCCAAUCCCUGACACCUUUAGGGGCCAGGUGAACCCCUGUGAGGUUUGCUGGCCUCCUUUCCCAGACCAGGGCCCUCCUCCUAGCCUGCCCCGCCUCUUAAGGUUUUUGCAUAUUCCAGAAUUACCCGCUUCUUACAACCAAUCAGUUUUCUCAGUAUAACUGAUAUCGUGGUGAUAAGGAGAAAAUCAUGUGAUCCAACUCCUUCCCAGAAAGAAUGAAUGACUUGGGAUCAACUUCCCCACAUCCGAAACUCAGGAAUACCUGCACUGUGCAGUUGCCACACAUGGUGCUGCUGCCGCAUUCUUACAAGGGCAUGCCUCGGGACCCGUGACUUCCACAGGACAUGGCGAUGCUCCCAAGUCCAGUGGAGAAAGCAUUCCCACAGUUUGUAGAAGGACAGUAAUGUUUGGGGUCAGGGCAACUGGUCAUAUCUCAUCUCUUCCUCAGGGUGAGUUCUCAGCUCGUCCUACUUUUCAUACUUGUUUCUUUUCCUCUACUUAUGAACCCACAGAUUUUUCUUACCAUCUCAAGGUAUCUUCUUCAUGGAGAUUCUUCCAGAGUGUAGCUGAAGUGUUUCAUUACAUGAAUAACAUUCCUAUGCCCUCAAGGAAAUGCUUAGAUGUCACAAAAAUGUGCUUUUUCAAAGUUUACAAAAUUUAGAUUUUGCACCAUGUAUCCAAAAUAUUUAUGAGGAUGCUAGCAUUUUCCAAGCCCAGUAAUUGGUUUACAACUGGGAAAUAGUAAUUUUGUAGGUGAAUAUAAAUCGUGCAAUUGAAUUUUCUUGCCAUUCCUCCUCAUGAGUACCUUAUUUACAAAAAUUCUGGUAUUAAACAGCUGAUGACUUAACACUCUGCUUGUAAGUGGCCGUGCCGCUGGAGGAGAGCAAUCAUACUUGUGACCCCACACAUGAUGUGAAAGAUUCCCAAGACUGCUUUUUGUUUUAAAUCAGUAGUUUGCCCUGCCAAAUACAUAGGUCAGAGGAGGUUAUUUCUGAUAAUCUCUUAUUGGGGGCAAGGCUUCUAAUUCAAAUUCUUUUAGGUAUUUGAGGGAAGGGGGCAGACAUUUCUUUAUCCUUCAGGGUCUCAGUUAACUUUAGUUCAAAAUCCACAUGCCUCGAGGCACACCUCGGGGCAACUCAUUCUGAACCCUUACAAUAUAAACCCAAGACUGCUUUAGAAUGCAUUAUUGUGUAUGUAUGAUGAGGAUGAUUACUUUUUAAAUAAACUUGGCAUUUAUACUUUAACCAAGAC